CAGAUUCAGUCGCAACGCGAAUAUUUUUGGCUUUUUCACUCAAUUCAAAAGUGUCGAUCGAGCCCCACGCAUUUCAUUCACACGUACCUAUAAUGAGUUUUUAAUUAUUUAUCUAACACGAGUGGGCAGCGAUAUUUUUCAGUGUUUAUCAGUCCUUGGUUGACCAAAAUAAUACUAGCUGUGUCUGAGUAUAAUGCAUAUCUCGUUAAUAUACUAGUUUAGUUUCGUUCAAAUACACUACAACACCCCACUUCAUCGUAUUCCUAGUUUGUAUAUUACAUUUUAAAUAAAACUGAUGAAACCAACUUUCAUUCGGAUUAGUUUAAUCUUACAAUGUUUUCAUUUACAAUUCACAAUUGUGUCCAACGUUCCAAAUUUGUUUUUAUGUAUUUUUAAUUACUCGGUCAAAAUCGGCAAUAACUUUUUAAUAAUUACUUCAUGAACAUAGACAAUUAACCGUUUCGAAGUCGUUAAUUUUCGUCAUUUUUCGCGAACUUAAAAGACAUGAGAAUAGCUGAAUUAUAUAAAUAUUGAUACAUUUAUGCAAAAUUCGUAUAUUCUCGAGCAUAUAAAUGAGCUACGGCUUGUUUUAAGUCGACGUUUUCUGUUUGAGAUUUCGUUGUAUUUUUUUUGCGAGGAAUUAUGAAUUAUUGAAACAAAUUACAGUUUAUUAAAUAUUUAUGACAUAUACACAGGAUCAUUACGUGUUUUCAUUUUCAAUAUUGUAAUUUCGAUUUCCAAAAUCAAAGCGUUUUUUAAAAGAGGUGGGCAAAAGUUUAAACGCUUUAGUCCGAAAAAGAAGUUACGAAGUGUAGGCCAGUUUUUUAGGCGGGAAAUUAUAUUAACAUGACGGGAAAAGAGAAUGAGAAUUCCGAAUUUCGGAGUUUUGCAAGUAAGAUUAUGAAUGGCGCAAUAGCUGGAACUAUUGGCGUCACUUCAACAUUUCCACUGGAUCUUGCCAAGACUAGGCUCCAGAACCAACACAAUGGUUCAAAAAGAAUUUAUAAGAACUUAGUUGAUUGUCUGGCAAAAGUGUGCAGAAUAGAAGGCGUAAAGGGAUGUUAUAGAGGAUUGUUGGUUAAUGUUCUGCUUGUGAACCCGGAGAAAGCAAUCAAGCUUGCUGUCAACGACCAAGCAAGACAAAUCAUGGGGGGUAAAAGUAAAACUUUACCUCUACAUUGCGAAAUGUUAGCAGGGGCUGUCGCUGGACUUUGCCAAGUAAUUAUUACAACACCAAUGGAGAUGUUAAAGAUACAAAUGCAAGUUUCUGGAAAAACAGCUGUCAAGUCUAUCGUUCCAAACACCGUGAAGCCUCUGUUGACAGCCAAGCUGCAUACUGCUGCAAAGAAAAGCAAUGUCUUCACAACAAGAGCUAAUAUCUCUGCCUUGUCUUUGACCAGAGAUCUAUUGCAGACGAAAGGAAUUACAGGAAUAUACCGCGGCUUGGGGGCUACACUGUUAAGGGACAUACCUUUUUCCUGCCUUCAUUUUACAAUCUAUUCUCAUCUCAACUUCUUGGGUUAUGGUCCGAAUGGUGAAAAAUCUAGCACCUUACACUCCUGCGCCUCCGGUCUAGCCUCCGCACUGAUCAGCGCCUUAGCCGUUACACCAUGUGACGUCAUAAAAACAAGACUUCAAGUCCUUCCCAGCGGGUAUAGCGAACCUAGAUACCUGGGAAUCCGAGACUGCGCUACACAGAUAUACAAACACGAGGGGCUUGGAUCCUUCUUUAAGGGGGCUGUGCCACGUAUAAUGGUUAUAGCCCCUUUAUUUGGCAUCGCGCAAGCUGUUUACAACUUUGAAGUCUCCCAAAGGUUGAUCGAAGUCUACAAAUCAUACUGAGGGAAUACAAAUUCAAAUGGGUAUUUAUUUAACCGUCGGGGGCGGUUGUACGGAAACUGGAUAACGCAAGCAACCUUAACAAGCGGAUCUCUUCAACUGUUGUAAAAAUACUUCAAAAACAAUAAAACAACGAAACUAACAGAUAAUAAAGAAACAUUCUUUCUCAGCUUUCGUACAACCGAUCCCUGGGUCGUUUGGGUGGGAUUUUUUUACUAGGGUAACGGGCAGUGUUAUCUUUAUUUAUAGUCAAUGUAGCAAUAAAAAAGUUACCUUAAAUUUUCGGGGAAGGAGAAUACUGCCCUUUCUGCGGCCCUGUUUACUACAUUAACUGACAAACUUGCAUACUGUCAAGAGAUGUACUCGUGUACAGUCAAUUCAUAAAAGAUUGUCGCUUGAAAAUCGUCUUAAACAUGCGGUGCACACGAAUGAUGGUUGGCAAUCUAUUUUGAACCUAAAUUGGAUUAAUUAAUUAGCGUCGUUAACUAAUCGUUCAAAAUCACGUAAGCAUGGUUAUUUUCUCCUCCGUAAUAUAACUAAUCUAUCCUAUCAUGCAUUGCUUGCCCGAUGUGUCUGGUUUUCAGGAUAACACUUUUUGAAUUCACUGUACACCGCGUUAACUAUUAUUUCACUGAUUUUUGAGCCCCAUUUACACUACACUCGAUUUUUUGGUACGGCACGGCUAAAAUUGGCACCCGU